UUUUUGGGUAUACAGUGAUUUUCGUUGUAAUUUUUUUUCGUUCUCUCUUUUCUCUCUUCUUUUUCUUUUAAACAGUGCUUUCUUUCCUUUAGAACCAAUAAUUUACAAGGGACAAAUAGAAAGAGACCAAACAAAAAAAGAAGGAGUUGAGUGCAGGCCAUUGAACAAUGCUAGAAUGGACGACUCAUCGCCACCCACGCCAGAAUUGCCGGAACUUAAGAACCGCUUGUCCUCUAAUAGUGGAAUUAAACGAAACAAAGUAAGCCGAGCAUGCGACGAGUGUAGAAAGAGAAAGGUACGAUGUGAUGGAGCUCAGCCUUGCGCGCGGUGUCAAAGAUCACCUACAGAAUGUAUAUUUUCAAAUGUCACACCAAAAAGGGGUCCACCUAAACAAUACUUGGAGCCGUUCGAAAACAGACUGAAAGCAAUUGACACUGUAUUACAUGUACUCGAAUCCUCAUCCCAAGAAACAAUCCCUAUAGAAAAUAAAAACAAUUGGAAAAAGACAGAUCCUGUCAUUGGAACAAACAUACAUUUGGAUGUCACCUGCUUUGGGCAGGCACUCUAUAUACCUGAUUUUCCUGCUCGUAUUGAUCGCUUAGAACCAAUACAGAAUUUUGCAUUGGACUCUGAGCCACCACCACCACCUGGCUUGCCUGACCAAAAUACAAUAAGAUUUGAUCUUGUGCGAUUGUAUUUUGACCAUAUUCAUCCAUCCAUGCCGUUUUUGUCCAGAUCAUUGUUUACUCAACCUCAGCCACCUACAUUACUCUUACAUGCCAUUUAUGCAGUCGCGUCAAAAUUCGUACAACAAGACAGCAGUGAUCCUCCAGGCUGGUCAUUCUACAAAACAGCGCUUAGCCUGAUCGAUGCAUAUGCUGAUAUGCCACGAUUGUCAACUGUCCAAGCCCUUGUGCUGUUGUGUAAAUACCAUGAACAUGUCCAUCGUCCAGGCUUUCUUUAUCGAACUAAAUUCUUUAUACAAAUGGCUAUGCGAAUGGCGAAUGAUUUGGGCCUAUCAAGAAAGAUUCCAGAUAUAUGCCAUGUACAAGAGGAGGCAAGAAUACGCACUUUUUGGGUUAUGCAAACAUACAGUACCUUGAUAAGCAUUGAGCAAGGGCUGGAACUACCGACUCAAGAAUGCACGGUCGGUUACCCGCACGUCCUCUCAGACGAAUCUGGCAGCAGUGAUGCCAAUGCUGUCCUCUAUUUCUAUUGGCUCUGCAAGGUGAUACAUGUACAGCUCGCUGUCAUUCAAUUCAUGAAAAAGUUCAAAGAUCAUGUCAGUGGCAAUGACAUGGAACAAUUUAUUGAAUUAGAGAAUACCCUUAUAGGCUUAGGGACAAACAUACCUCAUACAAUAGAUGGUGAUGUGCGCGUCUCUUUUGUUCACUUAAUAUACCAUUUGACUGUAAUUUUGUUGUUUAGACCUUAUGCCCUUACAAACACGAUAGAUCAACGCCAACAAAGGGCCAUUUCACAUUGUUCAACAUCUGCUUCUACUGUAGCAAACAUAAUAGACAAUGCUGUCAAUACGCAUGGAAAAAAUGCUUUCUCUACCUUGAUAAGAAGCAAUCAACAAGUCAUUUAUUGUUUGACAACUGCUGCUACUAUGUUACAUGCACUCAAGGAUCCAAGCGAAGCCUAUGAAAGAAUUUGUUCCAUGUUACAAAUCAUGACAAGUAAAUCCCCUGUCACUGAAUUAGAAACAACCCCGGUGAGUGCAGAUGUAGAAAGGCCUGAUCUUCAUAUUGUCUCACCAUCCAACACUUCUUCAACACGAUCCUCGCCAUUGAUACCGUCACUUUCUCCUCAUAGCCCUACACCUACUAUCAGAAAAAGACACUCAAGAUCGUCCCUUCAAUUUCCGGUAUCAGACAUGCCUUAUGGUAAUGAGGUUCACCGUAGAAGGCAUUCAGGUAGAUCUCCUUACGCUGCCAAUCGACUCUCUGCCCCUGCUCUAGGCUCUAUGUAUCAAACUUACUUUUAUCAACAGCAACAACAGCAACAAUUACAGCAGUUGCAGCAACUUCAAAGUUAUUCUCAGCCAUCUUCGCCCAUUAUUAGUCAAUUUGGUACAAAUGAUUACACUACAUUUCCUACGACGCCACACCGUACAGCCUCAUUGUCAAGAAAGACAGGUUUGCGACGUAGUGCUUCUUCUACAGGCGACUUUAUGAUCCCUCCUCAAAGGCCACGAGCACCCUCACGUCCUUAUAUGAACCCUCGUCGCCAUACAUUGACAAAUGCAACACCUCCCGACUUAUCCAAUGAAAUUGCUUCUUCUCCCUCCGUUGACACAACACGCAAUCUAUAUGCAAUGGCAGUCCGAAACAAUCAAUUCAAUACCCAACCUUAUAUGAUACCAAUCACAAGCCACCAUCAACAUCAGCAAAUGCAACAGCAACAGCAGCAACACCAACAAUUAUUACAGCAGCAGCAGCUACAACAAACCUUAAUGCUAGAUCCUGCUUCUUUUCCUAUGGAUCCUGUAAUUCCUGACUCCCCCAAUGAUUCUAUGAUGAAUUUGUUACUUAAUCCUUGGGAUUUUUCAUCACAAUAAGUAACAAAAAAAAAAGAAGAAAAAAGAAAGCCUUUAUAUGAUAUAUGUUAUGAUAGAACUUACCAUUCAAUAAAAAAAAAAGAAAAAAUAAGCAUAAACAGAG